CGUUAAGCCCCAAACCACCACCAUCGCCCAAUGCUCAUCCAUAACCGCAACCGCCGACUACAGCCGCCGAGCUCCGACGGAAUUUGAUCGCCGUACGGUGAAGCUGCCGGAGGCGUUUUCUAAAAACUCUACGUGCUCGGCACCUGUCACGUCUCCGAGGGUUCAUGGAGUUCCUCUUUGCAUUUUGAGUUCCCAUGCAUGUAGAGUACAAAAGAGCGAGUAAUAAGCUAUCAAGUAACAUGUCUGAGAAUCAUCCACUUCAGGCCUUGUUUCAUAACAUUGAUCAUGUCUCGAAUUUCGUUCAACACCAUCUCUCCAAUUUGGUAGGACUUCAAGUUCAGUCCUCAGGACCCUCUGGUAGAGGCUCUCUUUUCUCUAUCUCUUCCUCCAUCAAAGCCCCACUUGCAAAAUUAACAUCUUCUGUACAACCUGGUGAUAACAUCCUCAAGAUAUCAGGUAACAUGUCUGAGAAUCAUCCACUUCAGGCCUUGUUUCAUAGCAUUGAGCAUGUCUCGAAUUUCGUUCAACACCAUCUCUCCAAUUUGGUCGGACUUCAAGUUCAGUCAUCUGGACCCUCUGGUAGAGGCUCUCUUUUCUCCAUCUCUUCCUCCAUCGAAGCCCCACUUGCAAAAACAACAUCGUCUGUACAACCUGGUGAUAACAUCCUCCAGGGAAAGUCUGCUCCCCCCGUGACUAAAGAAGAGCUUGGGAGGGCAACAUGGACUUUUCUUCACACUCUUGCUGCUCAGUAUCCAGAUAAUCCUACAAGACAGCAGAAGAAGGAUGUCAAAGAACUUGUACAGAUCUUGUCGCGAUUGUACCCUUGCAAGGAAUGCGCAGAUCACUUUAAAGAAGUUCUUAGAGCAAAUCCUGUACAGGCUGAGUCGCAUGCUCAAUUUUCUCAUUGGCUAUGUCAUGUGCAUAAUGUUGUCAAUAGAAGCCUUGGCAAACCGGUAUUUCCCUGCGAAAGAGUUGAUGCAAGGUGGGGCAAACUGGAGUGUGAGCAGAAAGCAUGUGAAAUUAUUGGAAGCACAUCAUUUUUUGGGAAGAUUUAGCAGAAUUUUAUUUCAACAAUGACAGCUGCAUAUAUCAUGUGAAGUAUGUCCUGCAUUUGGAUAUUGCUAUGAGUAGAUAUGUGCAGAUAUUCCCAUUAGCCAUUUUUUUAGUAUUAUUCUUAAUUUAUUAAAUUUUCGCGUACCUUAA